AAUUUGAUAAUAAAACAAAUAAAGUUUAUUUAAGUGUUUAAAAGAGAUCUUAAUCUUAAUGUACAAUGAUGAUAAUGAUGAUGAUUUCUGAAAUGGGCCCAAAAAGUUCCUGACAUUGGUAGCGUAUCUUCGAAGGAAGAACUUUCACUUGAUCCGGCCUUUGUCUGUUAGGAAAUCGCAGUUUGUAGUAAAAGGAGCAAGGGGAAGAAAAGGAAAAAGAAGAAGAAGGAGAAGGAGAAGAAGAAGAAGAAGAAGAAGAAGAAUAAGAAUAAGAAACACGAGGAGAGAAAUACGAAGAAGCUCGUUCUUGGUGGAACGGGUCCCGAGUACGUCUGGAGUUGAGUGACCCUUGGGGCCGUGGUGGCAGGAGUUACAAAGAGAGACUUAGCAAGAGAAAGAGAGAAAACUGAAAGAAGAAGAAGAUAGAAUAAAGCAAGGGCACGAAAGGAGGGGGGGAAAGGAGGAGGAGGAGGAGAACAACGAAGACAACGACCAACGAUCAACGACUACUACCACCGCAACGAUCAAAAAGUGUAAGAAAGAGGAGAGAGGACACGUCGAGGACGAUAACAACGUGGUGAGGAGUGGUUGAGAAGAAGAAGAGCAAAUUGGUGCUCCCGGUAACAGGGGUCCAUGAAUAACGUGGAGGAAAACGUUCUUACCGUGACAAAACGUAACAAGCUGGUCUCACGUUGUAGUACCAGCGAGACGACCGAUUGGACCAACUCAACUACUCCCACCAGUAGUAGUAGUACAUGGGACCCAGACCAGGUGGUCCCCACCGCUGCAACGUCGAGAUUCUCCUCCGCCUCUCUAAGGACCCAGAAUCCGUUGGGCCCGCCGAGCCGACGCUUUAACAACCUCGACUCGGCCGCUCGGCAAGCCACACCCGAUCAAGUCGAUUUCUUCUUCAAGGUUAUGCUAUUGGGUGACAGCGGUGUCGGGAAGACCUGCCUACUUACUCGUUUUCGCGAUGGUCGUUUCUUAUUUGGAAACUACAUAACUACAGUUGGCAUUGAUUUCAGGAACAAAGUCGUCACUGUCGAUGAGACAAAAGUUAAAUUGCAAAUUUGGGAUACCGCCGGUCAGGAAAGAUUUCGUAGCGUGACUCAUGCUUAUUAUAGGGAUGCUCAUGCUCUUCUAUUGCUGUACGACGUAACAAACAAGACGAGCUUUGAUAACAUCAGGGCCUGGCUCAGCGAGAUCCGGGAACAUGCCAACGAGGAUGUCGUUAUCAUGUUGCUCGGUAACAAAUCCGAUUGCCGACAGGAACGAAUGGUCAAGAAGGAAGACGGUGAAAGAUUGGCGCAAGAGUACAAAGUUCCUUUCAUGGAAACCUCAGCCAAAACCGGACUUAACGUUGAAUUGGCAUUUCUCGCAGUAGCCAGGGAAUUAAAGGCUAGAAAAAGCAGCGAUCCCGAUGAUACAAAAUUCAACGUUCAAGACUACGUUCGUCAACAAUCCAAAAAAAAUUCUUGUUUCAAUUCUAAUUGUUUGACAACCUGAACCAUUUUUUGUUUUUUUUUUUUUUGGUUCUUUUUUGUUGGUUUUUUAAUUGAUGCGCGAUUAUAAUAAUAAUAAUAAUCAUCAUCAUCAUCAUCACGCUCGUAAAUCCUUUUUAAUCAUUUGGAUUGGCGGAACGAUGGAAUAAGAACCGGAUAUGGUUGGCCGUUGAAAAUGGCGCGAUUUAUUUAUCAUCUUGAUUUCAUUCGAAUGUUGAUAGUGAAUUGACAAUGGGGUGUGUCAAAAAAUAAUGAGAGAGAGAGAAAGAAUCAAAACAAAAAAUAACAACAACAACAAAAAGAAAAACGUAUAAAACAAAAUUAGGAUGAAUUUUUUUGUCGGAUUGUCAACAAGAUUUCGUAAUUUUCAAAAUUUCAAUGUAGAAUUAUAGAUCGUACACACACACACACACAGACACA